CGCGCCUGUUUUUUGGCGGAAAAUGUCAGUCCUGUCGGUCACCACUGGCCCCUGGGCCAACUGAGCGGUAUUGACUGAGCCCGGUCUGCGAAAGAAUCGAGCUACCGUCUAGGUUUCGUUGCUCUUGGCGUGUGCGGUGCGUUCUUGCUGUUCUUGCGUGAGCGGUCGCCCUUGGACGCAAAUAUUACUCGCCUUCAUUCUGGGCAUGCGAUGCGAUACGGCUGCGGCAUGGCAUCACCUUCGAUGCGCAUGUCACUGCGAUGUUGAACGGUGCGUUCGUUACAAGCCAUAUAUGUGUUCAGCCGCGCGCGCGAUGACUGCGCGUUGAGCGCGGUGGCAAGAGGGACAGGUCGAAACGCUGUCACUGCAGCAGUUCAACGAAGUCGGGGCCCAUCGGUUUGGAAUGUGUGAACCGCUUUGCCCUGACGCGAUGUCAGGCGAUCCUCCUGUUGUGACAGAGUCGGCAGAGCCGCCAAAGGCGCUGCCGAAAAAAAAGAAGUACAAGCGCCAAAACUACUGCUUCGCGCCGGGCUGCAAGACGGGCAAGGGCCGCACCACGGAUCCCGAGUGCCACCGGGCUUCGAUGUUCAGCGUUCCCAAGGACGACGAGAUGUUCGAGCGUUGGAAGCGGUACAUGCCACCGCGUCCCGACGGCAGGCUCCUGAGCCGCGACGCCGCCGUCUGCUCGCGGCACUUCGACCCGCAGUUCAUACUCCGCUACUUCGAGCACGUCGUCAACAAGGAACUCGUGAGGAUCGAGCGCGGCAAGCCCACACUGACGACCGACGCCGUCCCGACCAUUUUCCCCGACUCGCCCAAGUAUUACACGAGACGAGUGCCCAGGCGGCGUAAGCUUCCCGAACGGACGAUUCCGCCGCCGAAAGUGCCGCGCAGACGAAACGGAACUCACGCGACGACGGCCGAGCAAUCAGACGACGGCAACAACGGCGCCACCGCCGUCGACAACGUAGCAGACAACGCUGGCGUGUCGCCAUCGAUGCCCUCGAACGUCCAAAACUGUGUCUUGCCACCUAUUGCAAAUGAGGUGGAGACCGUCAUCGAGCGUGAGGUGACCCCCGUCUUUCCUUACGAAGACCUCCCCCUUCCCUCGUGCCAGUGGGCAAAGCACGUGAUACGGGAGAAGCCAACGGUGCUCGCUUACAGUGUCUGCUCCCUGGACGAGCGGACCCCUGGUCAGCUGAAGACCGAAAAGCUUGUGUUGAUCGAGGAGAAAGACUGCCACGCAGACUGCAAGGUCUACCUGUGCGGCAUGCGAGUGCAUUGCAUGGAGGGGGCAGGCGGCACGGACCACCCGUCGGAGUUGUUGCAGAGGGUGGACCGUCUCGCCCGUUGUCCCGGGGUGAUUGCUGCAGAUGAGUACCCCUUCGGGACGCUCCUCGGGUGUCUCAUGCAGUUAGACGGACGUCUGUACAGCCCGCAGUGCAAAAUCGUGGGGACUUCGAGGGGCAGGAUGUGCUAUGCGUGCGCCUGUGCCAGGAAAGUCAUGCUGAGGAAACGGGCACGGUUGAGGCGCAAAGCCGCUCGGUCCGUUGUGGUUGUCCUCGACGACCCUGGCACAGACGACAGCGGCAGCUCGGUUGGACUUCACAUGAAUGAAGAGUGUCGUACUGGCUCCAAGGCGGAUGUGAACGGGCACCUCGAAGCGGGGGAGGCCGAGGAUCCUCCAGGGACUGGCGACGAGAGUGGCCUUCAGCGAAACGGUACCAAAGAAAAGGAAGUGCCUUGCAAGACCGUCACGUUCGGUCCCAUUCCCAUCUGCAAAGUCAAAGUUCAGACCUAGCCGUUGGGGGAGGGGGGGGGGGGGUCGUGUUUUUAUAAUAAAUCUUUCUUGCCAUGGGCACCGGGC